AUGCAAUGGAUCGUAUACCGUACCCUCCACCCCAGCAUUGGAGCCCAAAUAGCUGAUUUUCCAAAUCGCAACGAAACUCCAAUCUUCUCUGACGAGCGGCAAAUCAAGCGGGCUGCAAUGGGUAAACUCUACGGACCGGCCGGGAGCUUCCGCACCAAAAAGGUGCUUGUGGCGGCUAAGUUCGCCAAGAAGAACGUCGAGCUGGCUGGAGAUGUGCCGCCAGCUGACGUUUCUCCCCUGGGCUUGACCCCGGCUUAUUCGGACGGAGCUGAUCAUCUGUUCGGUGCUGACGCGAUCUCACUUCACUUAGUAGCCGGUGUUCUGGGAUGCCCCAAAAGCUGCGGUGCAGUUCUUCAAUGGGUGCAAUGGGGAGAGGCGAAUUUGCUGCCAAACAUCCUCGGAUACGUGCUGCCAAAGGUGUCGAAGACCGAAUUUGAUGAGGAGGUCGUCGCCAUCUACAAGAAGGAGCUGCUCAGCCAAUUAUCCGGACUGAACGAGAUCCUGGAGAAGAAAACGUACUUGGUUGGAGAGCGUAUCUCCCUUGCUGAUAUUUCUGUGGCUCUGGAUCUGUUGCCGGCUUUUGAGAACGGUAUCAACCAGUGUCUGCGAAAGCGGUACACGCAUUUGACCCGUUGGUUCAACACCGUUGUCAAUCAACCAGCCGCCAAGGAGGUUCUUGGAGAGGUCAAAUUCGACACGAGCGUCGGAAAUGAAGAGCCCGAAAAGCCGAAGGGUGGAAAGGGUGCUGGCGCCAAGCCCAAGGCCGAAAAGCCAAAGAAGGAGGCCGCCCCUGCCGCACCAAAGGCUGACAAGAAGAAGAAGGAGGAACCCGAGGAGCUUGACGCUGCUGAUGCGGCUGUUGCUGCUGAGCCUAAGCAGAAAGAUCCUUUCGAGUCGAUGCCAAAGUCUUCCUUUGUCAUGGAUGCCUUCAAGCGCGUCUACUCGAACGAGGACACGGCCACCAAGGCCAUCCCCUACUUCUGGGACAACUUUGAUGCUGAAAAUUGCUCGAUCUGGCGUUGCGAUUAUAAAUACAACGAUGAGCUGACCCUGUCCUUCAUGAGCUGCAAUCUCAUCUCUGGCAUGUACCAACGUUUGGAGAAGCUGAAGAAGAACGCAUUUGCGUCUAUGAUUCUCUUCGGAACCGAUAACAACUCUCAAAUCUCUGGAAUCUGGGUCUGGCGUGGUCAGGACCUGGCAUUCGAGCUGUCCCCGGAUUGGCAGGUCGAUUACGAAUCAUACGACUGGAAGAAGCUUGACCCGAAGGACGAGGCGACAAAGAAGACCGUCAACGAGUAUUGGAUGUGGGAGGGCGACUUCGAGGGCCGCAAAUUCAACCAAGGAAAAAUCUUCAAA